CCAAGUUUCCCGGAUGUAAAUGUUUUCAUUGGUUUCAAAAUGGAGUCAAAACAAGAAAAAGCAUGAAAUGUAGAUGUCAAAACCCCAUUUCCUAUUGAAAUAUGCAAAUAACUUGUUGAUACAGUAUAAUAAAAGUUCCAGUUCACCAAGUUACACAAGAAAACGGAAUGAAAACAGAUGUAAAUAUGUCAGAGAAAGAAAUUAACAACCAGGAGAUGUUUGAACAUUAUAACCCACAGUAUCCUCUACCUGAAGAGAUCAACAAAAUGGAGAGAGACGAGACAGUGUGUAAAUAUUGUGGAGUUAGUUACCUCAUACACAAUGAGAUUAAAAAGCUAGAGGAGAAACUGAAAGCUACAGAAAAGGAACUGGAACAUUUAAAGGGAUGUGAAGUCAGGGAAAUUCAACUAAAAGAACAAGUUACUCAAUUAAAGUCUGAGAUUGCAGAUCUACAAAAUAUUAUUAGUGAUAAAAGUUUAAUGGUAACAACAUUACAAGAGAGUUUAGAGAAUGAAUCAAAUAUGACAAUUAAGUUACAGAAUCAUAACCAUGAAUUAGUGAAGAAUCUAGAGAACACAACAAAAGUCAAGGAUGAUUUACAACAGAAACUCAAAUCAAGAAAUGUAAUAUUUGACAAGCAGCUGCCACUGAUUAGAAAGAAGAUACAAGAACAGAAGACAGAAGUGACAAGUGUCCAUCAGUUUGUUGAAGAAAGAAAUAAAAAGAUAAAGGAAGAAAUGAUGUUAAUGUUUUCUGAUCUGAAACAGAUUUGUCAACAAAGAGAUAAUGAAAAGAUAAAAUUACAGGAGAAGAUAAGUUCAUUGGAAACUGAAAAGGGUGAAGCACUGUUGACAAGUGUAGCAAUGAAGGAAAAGGUUAAAGGGCAAGAACAAGAUUUACAGCAACUUUCAAUUUUAGUGGAUGAAAACAACAAACUACAGCAACAGUUAUCCAAUAUAGAAACAAAGACUAGAGAUUUACAGCAUCAAUUAGAUGAAGCAGUAUCUAAAUGUAGAAGUUUGACAAUGGAAUCUCAACAGUUCAAAGAUCAAUUAAGGAAUAAAAAUCAGGAUAUGGAGGAUCAAACAGCCCAAAUUAGAAGGAAAGAACAAAACUCUGAAAUGACAAUACAAAAAUUACAAAAUGAAUUAGGAAAGAAACAAGCAGAACUUGCCACAAAUUUGAAAGAUUACAAAAACUUAGAAAACCGACUUCAUGAACAACAGAGAAAAGAGGAAGAGAUUCACAGAAAAGCUACUUUUACUGUCACUGAAAGUAGAGAACUUAAAGAUGUAUUGAACCAAGCAAAGGCAGAGAUAGAACAAUUAAAAUCUGAAAGAGAAGUAAUGAUAACCUCCCAUCAAAACAGAAUAGAACAACUGAGACAAAGCUUCCAGAAUAAACUAUUUGAGGCAGAUAAAUGGCCAGAAAAGUUAGAAGAAGCUUUAAGAAAAGAGAGGGAGAAACACCAGACAGCUUUGAAAUCUUUGGAGGACAGACUGGUAGAAAACUUUGUCAUGGAAAUGCAGAUAGAGAAACAGAAAUAUCAAGAAUUAUUAGAAAAAUAUCAGGGUUCUACUAAAAACCAGGAAUCAAUGUUAAAAUCACAACUAAAUGAUGUGGAAAAUAGGUACAAAGCUGAGAUCAGGGAUCUACAGAGACUCUUAGCUGAUAAUAAAACUAGAGCUAAGGAGACAGAAGAAUCUUUGAGAAGAGAAAUUGAAAGUCUAAAAUCAAUUAUUAGAGACUUAGAAGAUAGAUUAGCUCGGUUAGAUCAUGGUAGUGAUGAAAAGAUGGCUGACCUGAAAAUACAGCUUAAAGAAACUCAUGAGGAGUUAGAGGAGGCUAGAGAGGAACUUACUCAAAAGACAGAUUUAUUAAAAACAACAAAAAAUGAGGUGAAGUUUUUACAAGAAACUGUACAAAGGGAAGUAGAGGAAAGGUUUGAGUUGACAGAAGCACUGAGUACUGCCAGGACAGAACUUCUGAAACUGAAGAAACCUCCAGGUGGGUACAGUGGAGGCAGUAAUCCAAGACAGUCGACUGCCGAUAGUAACAUGUCGCUUAAAUCUGUUAGUACAGUGAAUAACAAUACAGCAACUACAGAAAACAUGAACAGUGCUAGAAACACUUCUGUCGGUGAUCUGAACAGUGCAAGGAGAACUUCUAAUGACGAUCUUAAUAAACAAAAUAAUAAAAAUUUAAAUAGACAAGGAACUUACACAUCAUCUUCGAAAAGUUUAAAUCCACUGAAAACACCGCCAGUACAAUCAAGAGAGAUAUCAACAAUGAGUUCAGCAACAGUCAGCAGUUCUCAUAGUUCUGUUUCAUAUGUUGGUGAUGCUGCUAAGCCUCAAGGAAAAAUGAAAGGUGGAUCUAUAGCAGACACUAGAAAAAGGAUAGCAAAUAUAUUAGGAAGAAAAUCAUGAUGCUUUUAAGUAUUGACUAGUGGUAUUUUAAUUGAAAUCCGAAAAUGUGAUAUUGCUUUUACUCGGAAUGUUUUAGCUGUUGGUAGAAAUAUAUGAGAAUGAAGUAUAAUAUAUUUAUUAUAAUAUUGCCCAGUUAUGCUAGUCAAAUUUGUAAGUUAGUCCACACCAAAUUAAUUUAUCAUUCUUUAGAUUUUUCUUAAUUUGGAAGGAAAGAUGUUGAAAAAAUGUAAGUACUCCAUAUCACACUCCAAAAUGCUUGUGUAUGUUUAUAUUAUUUGUCACAAACUUAUUGUUCAGAGUUUAUAUGACAAUAAAUAUUUGAAUUGAAUUGAAUUUAAAACCACCUAUUUAAGCUUUUGUUGUUUAAUUUGAAUAAGAUAAAGACACUUGAGGUCACAUCUAUAUUUGAAACAAAAAUAAAAUUGAAUCGUCAAAAAUUUUAUACUUCUUUCUUUAAAAAAGACACUUGAGGUCACAUCUAUAUUUGAAACAAAAAUGAAUUAAUUAAGAAAAGAAAACCACCUUAGAGGUAUUGUUUCAAAAAGCUUUUGAAAGCUUAAAAUACUUUUUUUUUUUGAAUAUUUAUACACUUACAGUUGUAAAAGCUGUACUGUUUUGCCUUAUUGAACAUUCACAUUCCUUGCAAUUGUUUUCCUAAAUGAUAUAACUGAGAAAAAAGUGAUAGUUACGAAUUGGUUCUUAACUUUUAGUCUUCCAUUAAAAGAAAAGAAUUAGUCAUUGAUUUGGUGUUAGCAUAUGCAUCUUUUAUACUCAAUGUGAUAACGAUGAAUUUGUGCAUUUACUUUUAUAAUUUAUGUAUUUAUUGGUGUUGUUAUGAUUGCUCCUUUUUAUUGCCAUAUCAGCAAUGAAUAUUAUGUAUGGAUCCUUCUCUGUCAUCAAAACCUGACCUUCUGAUUUAUGUCAGAAUAAGUAAUGAUUGUAAACCAUUUAUCAAUGUUUAUAUAUAUAUUGUUGCUAAUUAUAGUCAUUCUCCAGUAACAGAAUUUUUACACAGUUCAUACAUGGAUUAAUAUAUCUUUUGGAUAAUUAAUUAUUGUGUAAUAUUAAGGAAACAUUAUAUUUUCCUGGAUAUUUGUUUUUAUUGUUAUAGUUAAAUUCCUGGUUUCCCUAUAUACCCUGUAAAUCAUUGAAAGCAUUGGUAUCCCAAUAUAAUAUUGAAUCCACAGUAAGAUUUUUUUAUGAACAUUUAGGAAGAAUACCUUAUGAUACAUGUUAUAUUCUUGCUUUAGCUAAGGUCUAUUUCAAUUUCAUUUAAUGCAGAACAUAAGACUAAUCAUCCCACUGUUAGGCAUGCUUUUGGUGACUUUAAAUUAGUCAAGUGGUUAGCAUAUUUUUUGUUAGGUUACAUUGUUUCUGAAGAAAAAAUGAUAUAUUGUACAUUGGUAAUGCAAUAUUCCAGUGCUAUUUGUCUUAUAAGAGGUCUUUUAAUUUUGAGAAAAGACAUGAGCCAAGGCUCCGUGUUGAAGGCCGUACUUUGACCUAUAAUAGUUUUCUUUAAAAAAAAAAUGUUAUUUGGAUGGAGAGUUGUCUCAUUGGCACUCACACCACAUCUUCCUAUAUCUAUAAUCGAAAAAUAGUGAAAAAUAAUUUGCCCAUUUUUUUUUGGAAAAUGUCAGAAAUAAGAAUCCUACCAAUAAAUGAUUGACUUACUUAUUGAGAAGGUAAUUAUUUCUCAUAUCAAGAUAUUUACCUACUGUGAUAUUGUUAUCUUAUAUAACUUCUGUGGUCAAUGUGUUCACUUAGGCCCAUUGUAUAUGCAAUCUACAGUAAGCUACACUUAACAGCAUCCAACAGAAGGAAUAUCAUGAUCAUCAAUUUGUCUUUUUUCUCCUGAUCUUCAGGGUUUGAUUAUCGUAGUGGGCUUUAAACAUAUAGCUGCAUCUGCUUCCUAGAAUAGUAGUUCCUAUUAGUUUAACCUCAAACAAGCUUAUAUGUAAAACUUGCUUGUAAAUCCGAUGAUUUUUUUCAAGUGAAUUUUGAAAGUACAGUUAUUCAAAUAAAUUCUCAAAUUUGAUUUAUAUCAUGAAAAUACCAAUUUUCCUUUUUGGUAAAGUUCAUUUGAAAUUAACAUUACAAUUUCAUGUCAUUUCAUGUGAGAAUCAUCAUGUGGAAUUGAUUUGAGCAAAAUUUGUCUGUUUAACUUUUAUUACCCAUAAAUAAUUCUGUAUUCUUUUUACAUAUGAUUUAUAUCCACAACCAUUAGCAACAAUGACAUUAGUAGAAAAAGACAAUAUCAGAUUUAAAUGACUCAAAUAUCAACUUUUAUUUUUCUUGUAGCAAUCCAUGGAAAUGCUUCCAAAAGUACACACUUACAAUAAUUUUUCUCCUUAUUGUUAUUGUUAAUUUCUAGCAAGCAUUCUUUUAUCUCAGUACUCUAUUUUAUACAUAUGAAAUGUAUGUGUAUGCAGAUAUAUUGUGCACCAACUGUCUUUCUACACCUCAUGUCUGACCAAGAUUACUUUUGCAACAAAGAUCUAUUAAAAUCCUAAAAUAGAGAAAGUAAUAAAUGUUGAAAUAUGA